AUGAACGACCGCUGCCGGAGAUGGCUCCCAGAUGGCGCACCCAGACGGAGCACAGUCGCUGGAAGUCAAUGGACAGGCGCCCAGCACGUUCCCCAGUCUGGAGCUAUCGACAGCUCCUGCAGAGCUAUGCAGCCAGCUUCGGCCAAUGGCGACGCGCCUGAAAAUUGGGAGGGCUGGGGAGAGGUUGGGAGCGCCUCGACGCAACGAUUGCUGGCAAGACGGCAUGGAUCACCCUCAGCUGAAAGACGCGCGAACCAUGGUCUGGCGUAUGAGAUGCAUGGCACGCUCCAAUUGCACGGCUCCACGAAGAUGAGACGGCCCACUGUUCGUCAAGCUGCAGCAAGACGCGGAGCUCCCAGCCCAAGGCAAUUUGGCCGCGACGGCGAGGCCAUUGAGCUGCAAUCGCCAGGCCAACAGCCGCACAGUGCUGCAUUGCGCGUCAGGACAUGCCUCGGUGCGAAUGUGAUCCGCCGUCGGAGGGCCCGCUCCAUUGCGUCGUUCGAUGAAGCGUCGAAGCAUGCGAAAAGGGGGAGCUUGCAACCACGCUAG